AAAAAAGAAGGCAAGAAGACGAGUGCAGUUGUUUGACACUUCGCACUCUCUUUCUUUGGCUUCCAACGGUCCAACUUUGACUCUCUUUGUUCUUUCAUCAACUUCCUCAUCCUCUUCUUCUCAUGGCUUCGCAACAUUCCCUAAACCCUAGAACAACUCCUUCACCGCUCUGUUUCUGAUUCGUCAGUUGCUCUCUCCGUUUACGUUGUCACUGGCGACCAUCACCAUGAACUGGACCGUUGAUCCCGCGCUCUUCGCUGUUCUCUUUCCCUCUCUAUGGGAGAUCAAAGUCGCCGUCGCCGCCUCAGUAUUCGUCAUAAUCGCCUAUCGCUUCUUCGCUGCCCGAACCGGACACGUCCACGCCGAUCCGUCGCUUACCGACAAUUCCGCCACAGUCGAUGUCGCCGACGAUAAGGACAAGAUGGAGCAGCCUAAAGUGGAUUCUCAAGCCAGUUCAGCAUACUUGAUCAAGUUAGAACUAUUGGCUGCUAAGAAUCUUGUUGGUGCAAAUUUAAAUGGCACAUCGGAUCCUUAUGCUAUCAUCACAUGUGGCAAUGAAAAGCGAUUCAGUUCCAUGGUCCCUGGUUCAAGAAAUCCAAUGUGGGGCGAGGAGUUCAAUUUUUCUGUUGAUGAACUUCCUGUCCAGCAGAUCAAUGUCACCAUUUAUGAUUGGGAUAUAAUUUGGAAAAGUGCUGUUCUUGGUUCAGUGACUAUUCCGGUUGAAAGUGAAGGUCAGACUGGUGCAGUGUGGCAUACUUUGGAUAGUCCAUCAGGGCAGGUUUGUCUUCAUAUAAAAACAAUAAAACUAUCUGGAAAUUCUUCCAGGAUAAAUGGAUAUGGAGGAGCCAACCCCCGAAGAAGGAUCCCACCCUUGGAAAGACAGGGGCCCACAGUGGUCCAUCAAAAGCCAGGGCCUCUUCAGACAAUAUUUUCUCUUCAUCCAGAUGAGGUUGUUGAUCAUAGUUAUUCUUGUGCACUUGAGAGGUCAUUCUUGUACCAUGGUCGUAUGUAUGUCUCAGCAUGGCACAUUUGUUUUCACUCCAAUGUGUUCUCAAAGCAAAUGAAGGUGCGUAUUCCAUUUGAAGAUAUAGACGAGAUUCGACGGAGUCAACAUGCAUUUAUUAAUCCUGCUAUAACAAUUAUACUUCGCAUGGGUGCUGGUGGACAUGGUGUCCCUCCUUUGGGAAGCCCUGAUGGUAGGGUCAGAUAUAUGUUCGCAUCCUUUUGGAACAGGAAUCAUGCAUUCAGAAAUCUCCAGCGUGCUGCAAAGAAUUUCCAUGAAAUGUUGGAAGCUGAGAAGAAGGAAAAUGCAGAGUCAGAGCAGCGUGCACAUAGCAGUUCUGUAAGAGGCAACAAACUGCUGGAUAAGGCUCCUGUAGAAAGCAUAUCAAAAAUUGGAAAACUUCCACAUUUUAUCAAAGAAGAGGCGUUAGUUGGUAUAUACAAUGAUGUUUUUCCCUGCACAGCGGAGCAGUUUUUUAACUUAUUGUUGAAUGACGGUUCAAAUUUUACUAGCAAAUAUCGUUCAGUACGAAAGGACACUAAUCUUGUGAUGGGCCAGUGGCAUACAGCAGAUGAAUAUGAUGGUCAAGUCCGAGAGAUAACCUUCAGAUCACUUUGUAACAGCCCUAUGUGCCCUCCAGAUACAGCCAUGACAGAGUGGCAACAUCAUGUUUUAACACCAGACAAGAAAAACCUGGUGUUUGAGACUGUGCAGCAGGCACAUGAUGUUCCAUUUGGAUCCUAUUUUGAGGUACACUGUAAAUGGAGCUUGGCGACAAUUAAUGAAAGCUCGUGUAAUCUGGACAUUAAAGUGGGUGCACAUUUCAAGAAAUGGUGUGUUAUGCAAUCCAAAAUAAAGUCAGGGGCAGUCAAUGAGUACAAGAAAGAAGUUGAGGUCAUGUUAGAUGUUGCUCGAUCGUAUAUAAAAUCAAAUACUUCUAAUGACGAGAACGAUGAGGUCUCUUCACCCCUUGCACUGCCCCCGGAAAGCUGAUAUUUUUGGGAAUCUCAAGAUUAUGAUUUUAUUUAUCUGUGCAAUAUUGUAACAAUUUUUUUUUUCAUGUAACACGCAUAGCCGAAUAUAUAUGUAUAUGUAUAUUUUGAAUGCAAUAGGUUUUUUUUUUU